CCAGUCGCGGGAAGUUCAGUACACUGUGAGCGGUUAUUUUCUCGUAACGUCGCAACUACAAAAGCUCUAUUCACAACACAAAGGACUUAAAUAAUUUAUUUAAGUUGAAGUUUAUGGUGCAGCCCCCGCAACAAAAUGUCAAAGAAGAAAGGAUUGAGUUUGGAGGAGAAGAGGACUCGCAUGAUGGAGAUUUUCUUUGAAUCAAAAGAUGUGUUUCAGCUGAAAGACAUCGAAAAGAUUGCUCCUAAGCAAAAGGGCAUUGCCCCCAUGACAGUGAAAGACGUGCUGCAGAGUCUGGUGGAUGACAACAUGGUAGACUGUGAGAGAGUGGGAACAUCCAACUACUACUGGGCCUUUCCAAGCAAGGCUCUGCAUGCUCGCAAACACAAACUGGAGGAGCUGAACAAACAGGUUUCUGAAGCAAAACAGCGAAAAGCAUCUCUUCAGAAAGCAGUUGAAAAGGCAAAACUGGGUCGUGAGGAUACAAACGAGAGGAGCUCUCUGAUGAAGGAGCUGACAGCUUUGAGAGAAGACAAAACUCAGCUGCAAGCCGAGCUGGAGAAAUACAGAGAGUGUGACCCAGAAGUCGUUGAGGAGAUGAGAAAGUCAAAUGUUAUAGCAAAAGAAGCUGUUUCCAGGUGGACAGAUAAUGUUUUUGCCAUCAAGUCAUGGACAAAGAAGAAGUUUGCCUUCGAUGACAGCCGCAUUAAUAAAGCCUUUGGGAUCCCUGAGGACUUUGACUAUUUGGACUGAGUGCCUACGUUUCCACAAAACUUCACGGACGAAAUAAGGGAAAAAAUAUCUAAUUACACUUCAGUUUGAAGGCAGUAAGCUGAUUUCAGUUUCAGUUUAAGUUCUGUUUGUUAGAAUGUAAAGAAAUGCCCCAGAUUUCUACAUAUGACCUGGGGUGAGCUUUGAAUAAGACUGUAUUUCAGUAUUUUUGCUGUGGCAGAUGGACCUUAUCAGCUGAUCUGUUGCAUUGGUGCAACCAGAGAAGAGAACCGUUAGAGGCUCUGAGGGGUGAAGGGGUUCUGUGAUGAACACAAACUAGCAGCCUGACUUUUGGGACACCUGUUUGCAUGAAAACUGAGAGGCCCAAGUUGAUGACUGAAAGGAAUCAACAUUUAACACAUCUGUUUAGCCAAAGAUGUAAUUUAUAUGCUUUACACAGAUGGUUUGGAAUCAAAUGCUUGUGCACUUUUCCCCCAUAUUUCUUUUUCUAAUUUUGCCUGGAGCAGGGAAGGCAAAUCCCUCAGUGUGUCCUCCACAUUCCCAAAAGGUUCUCUCAGACAGUUCUGACAUUCAUAUAAAAGGGGCCAUGUUUAGGAUAUGUUUUGUCUGCAAGUGCUAAAUAUUAUAAGCGUAGUUACUUUUGUAGAACUUCUUUUUAUUGUGUUGAAAAUAAAAUGUUCCUCUGAGUUUUA